AUGGCUGUGGUCUUGGGGGCGAUGGGCAAGCUCGCCCCCAAGUUGCUCCAGCUGCUCCAAUCUGAAUACGAGCUGCAGAAGAACGUGAAGAGGAAGGUGGAGUUCGUCACUCGGGAGCUAGAGAGCAUCGAGGCCGCCCUCCACACGGUGGCGGCAGUGCCGUGGGAUCAGCUCGAUGAGCAGGUCAAGGUAUGGGCUCGCCAAGUUAGGGAUGCAUCUUAUGACAUGGAGGAUGUCAUCGACACCUUCCUCCUGCGUGUCGAGGGUGGCGAGCCUGUAAACCAUAGCAGGCUCAAACGUGCAACGAAGAAGAUGGUUGGCCUGGUUGGCAAGUUCAAGGCUCGUCGCGACAUCACUGGUGCCAUUGAUGGCAUCGAGAAGCAGCUUCAGGAGGUCGCCGACAGGCGUGCCUGGUACAAAAUUGAUGAUAUUGUGGCCAAUCCUGCACCUGCAACAACUGUUGAUCCUCGCCUUUCAGCUGUUUACACAAAAGCAUGUCGGCUCGUUGGCAUCGAUGAGCCAAGGGAUAAACUCAUUGAGAUGCUGUCCAUACGUGAGGGUGACAGGUCCAGCAAUGAGAUGAAAAUUAUCUCUAUUGUUGGGUUUGGAGGAUUGGGCAAGACCACUCUUGCCAAGGAAGUAUAUGACAAGGUUUAUGAUCAAUUUGAUUGUGGUGCUUUUGUUCCAGUGGGCCGUAAUCCUGACCCAAAGAAAGUCCUGAGGGACAUUCUAAGUGAUCUCAUUAAUGGUUAUUUUACUGAUUAUCAGCUUUCGCAUCUAUCAUGUGCCUAG